GCGGCAAACGCAGCACUUUCGCGGCUUUGACAAGCCCGCAGCGGCCGGGCUGGAACGCUGAGCCCGGCCGGCCGAGACUGCGCCAUGCAGGAAGCGCCAGCUGCGCUGCCCACGGAGCCAGGCCCCAGCCCGGUACCUGCCUUCCUCGGCAAGCUAUGGGCGCUGGUAGGCGACCCAGGCACCGACCACCUCAUCCGCUGGAGCCCGGUGAGGGCUGGGGCCCCUCAACUCCUUCAGUGGUCCCCGGGAUCCCUCCAAUGUCUGUGAACACCCCUGUCCACCCAGCCCCCGCCUGGGUCUGGGCUAGUGGCACCAGCUUCCUCGUAAGUGAUCAGAGCCGCUUCGCCAAGGAAGUGCUGCCCCAGUACUUCAAGCACAGCAACAUGGCGAGCUUUGUUCGCCAACUCAACAUGUAUGGUUUUCGGAAGGUGGUGAGCAUCGAGCAAGGUGGCCUGCUCAGACCAGAGCGUGACCACGUUGAGUUUCAGCAUCCGAGCUUCGUGCGAGGCCGCGAGCAGCUACUGGAGCGCGUGCGCCGCAAGGUACCUGCGCUGCGAGGCGAUGACAGUCGAUGGCGUCCCGAAGACCUGGGCCGACUGCUGGGAGAGGUGCAAGCUUUGAGAGGAGUGCAGGAGAGCACGGAGGCACGGCUGCAGGAACUCAGGCAGCAGAACGAGAUCUUGUGGCGAGAGGUGGUGACUUUGCGGCAGAGCCACAGUCAGCAGCACCGGGUCAUCGGCAAGCUAAUCCAGUGCCUGUUUGGGCCACUUCAGACAGGGCCCAGCAGUACAGGAGCCAAGAGAAAACUGUCCCUAAUGCUAGAUGAGGGGAGCCCCUGUUCAGCAUCUGCCAAAUUCAAUGCCUGCCCCGUGUCUGGUGCUCUCCUCCAGGACCCCUACUUUAUCCAGUCGCCCCUCCCAGAGACCACGUUGGGCCUCAGCCCUCACAGGGCCAGAGGGCCCAUCAUCUCUGACAUCCCAGAAGAUUCUCCAUCUCCUGAAGGACACAGGCUUUCUCCCUCCAGUGGUGGCAGGAGGGUGAAGGGCCUGGCACUGCUCAAAGAAGAGCCGGCCAGUCCAGGGGGGGAUGGCGAGGCCGGGCUGGCCCUGGCCCCAAACGAGUGUGACUUCUGCGUGACAGCACCCCCACCGCUGCCCGUGGCUGUGGUGCAGGCCAUCCUGGAAGGGAAAGGGAGCUACAGCCCUGAGGGGCCCAGGAGUGUACAACAGCCUGAACCAAGGGGCCCCAGGGAGGUACCUGACAGGGGAACUCUGGGCCUGGAUCGGGGGAACCGGAGCCCAGAGAGUCUGCUACCCCCAAUGCUGCUUCGGCCUGCCCCUGAAACUCUGGAGCCCGUGGCACCUGUGGAUGUGCUCGGCCCUAGCCUGCAUGGACGAGAAUGGACCUUGAUGGAUCUGGACAUGGAGUUGUCUCUGAUGCAGCCCUUGGCACCAGAGAGGGGUGAAGCUGAGCUGACGGUCAAGGAGUUGAAUUCUUCAGGUGUAGGGAAAGACCACACACUGGGAACCCCACUCAUGCUAGACGUCCAGGCGGAUUUGGAGGGCGCAGCCCUGUCUGUGCCUGGAGCUUUAACCCUGUACAACGUCACUGAGAGCAACGCCUCCUACUUGGAUCCUGGAGCCAGUCCCUCCUCUCCCUGAGAUCUGCAUCGCUCUGAAAAAGCCUGGCUAAGGAACUAGCACGCAACAGCACACCCCUUUAGGCUUCCUGGCGCCCCCACCCGCCCCCACCCGCCCCCGCCCCCGGAAGGUGAGCGAAGCCCUCUGUAUGCGACAGCCUCCCUCCACUACCCCAGUGAAUCCUGCAACAUAAACUGCAUUCCCUACUCUG